AAGAACCACAGCUGAAAGAUCUUCCCCCUCUUUCUCUACACCCAUCCUCAUCCCUUUUACAACUUCCUCUACAGUCACUUACUGCAGAGUACUAUCACAAUACACACGAUGCCGCCGAAUCUCCAGUUCAGCGACAUCUGGCUGCCAUGCCUCAUUCUCCUUGUAUUCUGGGCCCGCCCCACGGCGGCUUUCGGUGCUGGUAACAUCGCGAGCCUGAGUUCCGUGGAGGGGCAGAACUGGCGUCAUGGAGACAUUGAGGACACCCUUCUCACCCUACUCAUUAGCAGUCGGACCGGGAAGAAGUUUAGCAAGAUGGACGUGAAGCGUGUUUACUUCGGCAACUGGCUUCGAGACUACUCCCAGGCUGUCGAUGUCGGUGCCCUCAAAAUGGUGUCUUCCGAGGCUAUCCGCAUCCUGCUCUGGGUUCUUGGCUUCAUGAGCUUCGGUUACGGAACCAAGGAGUUCGAGGUCACCCGCGACAGACUUGGUUGCUACAGGCCAGAGGAGCACAUCGACAACCCCAAGGACUACGCCGAUAACCUCGACGCCCGCGACUACGACCGCCGUCUGCGAGGCCCCGUCGACGAGGGUCGCGAGCUGGCCGUCGAUGAGCGAACUGGCUUGAAGAACUACAUUGCCUCGGAAGACGUGGGCAUUACAACCUCCGCCGGCAUGGUCCGUGACCUGCUCAGACGCAGUAUCGAUCUUGCUCGCCGCUCUGGCGGAAGUGGUCCCGACUUCCAUGAAGCUCUUCGUCUCCUUGGUACUGCCACACAUUGCUUAGAGGACUACUCUGCCCACUCCAACUAUACCGAACUUGCCUUGAUCGAGCUCGGGGCAACCAAUGUGUUCCCGCACGUCGGCCGUAAUGCACGCUUCAACGUCGAAGCCGCCCGAAAGGAGGUUUAUCCCCUCAUCACCGGAACUUUUGGAGGUGUCGAUUUCUUACACUCCGUAUGUGGUGAGAUGACAGACAAGGCCACCCAAUCUGAGCUACAGGAGCUUGAAGGCGCCAUUUCCAACGCCGAAAGGACCAAGAACAAGAGCCAGAUCAAGGAUCUACUCAGUCAGCUCCCCGACGGUAUCUUCGGGGGCAAAGACGAGGCCGGCAAGGCAGAUCAGCUCGAAGAGAAUGCCAAUGCUACUGCCAUGGGCAAUCUUCAAGUCACCCCCAAGGACCCUGAGGCCUUUACCCAGCAGGUUGGGGAGUUGGUCAAGCAGAUCUACCCCAUCAUGGAGUUCCACGAUGAGAUUAUGCAGUCCAUUGCAGAGUUCAUUGAGAAGAUCCCAAUCCUCCCAGAUCUGAUGGAGGAGGUUCAGAAUCAAGUCACCGUAUUUGUUUUCAGCCUGCUUGCGCCCUACGUCUUGCCCAUUCUAACCCAAGUCAAGACGGAGCUUGAGGAGGGCUCGAGCGAAGUCAUCGCUAGCUCUCGUGAGAAGCAGCAUAUUGUCUUCAACGACGACGAAUCUACCGACCCGACGCACAGUAUGCUUUCUAAAGACCACUUCACCAACCUCUUGAACGAGCCUGCUGGCAAGAUAGCUUCUGCCGUCUUGGGCUGGGCUGUUCCGCAGAUCGUUCAAUGUUGGGAUGGUCAAGCAGACCCGGAACAAACAAUAGAUCGCAUCAUCAACGGAGUAUUCCAUCACCCCGCUUGCGUUAACGCGUCCAACGACCGAGGCGUAGUACAAGGUCGUCAAAUCAUGUUCGACACUGUCCGGCAGUGGUGGGAGUCCCAUGACGAGGGACAGCAACGUAGUCUUAGCCAAAAGCUUAGUCGCGAGGGUGUACAGCGUGGCGAAAACCACAAGCCAGACGUCCAUGAUAAAGGUCAUGGCUGCGGUAAGCCUCUAGGUAUGGCCAAAAGCUUUGGUGGGUCCUCCGGAGGCAAGGUAAAUCCGCAGGUCCAGCAAGCCAGUGACCAGGCGGGCAGACUUGCGAGUGAAGCCGUCGGUGGUGGAGCACUAGGCGGCCUCGUUGGGGGCCUUGUUGGUGGUAUCGGUGGAUCUUUACUUGGAGGCGCCUUCGGUGACGACGAGAAAAAGACCAAAAAGCAAGACAGCUACGGCCAAGAUGGCUCCUACACGCAGUCUUAUACCGAGACUGGCCGCCAUGAAGCCUCUUCAUACGGAGAUACCCAGCGUGUUGGACAAGCUCAGUACCAGCAGACCCAGUACCCUGGCGGUGGUCAACGUGAGGAGUACCGCCGUCAAGAACAGGACGAGCGUGGUGGCUCUUACAGCUAUCAGCAGAAGGUUGAGACCUCCAGCUACACUGGUUCGGGCGCAUAUGAGCGCCAUGAGGAGCGCCGCGUUCAGCAGGGUGACGAAUGGCGUUCUGAGGAAAGGCGUGAAGGCUUCGAUCGAUCCGGACAAUACUACUCUGAAGAGAAAGAACGCCGUGGUAAGUCCAAGAAACAAUCCGAUGACGAUGACUCCGACGACAACGACGAGGAUUCGUACGAGAAGCGGCAGAAGAAGGAGCGCAAGAAGCGUGAAAAGGAAGAAAAGAAGCGCAACAAAUACAAGAAACACGGUAGCGGCAACGAAGACUCGGAUGACGAUGCUGACAAGCGUCGUUCAGGUUCCGGUGAGCAACGACGCCGUUCGCGAUCUCGCGAGCAAGAGCAUCGCCGCAAGAAGAGCAAGAGCCCGUCCCCAAACCGACGCUCGGGAAGCAACACGCACUCUGGGGGUUACGGAGAGGAGAAGCGGUACGGUGGAAGGGAGGAGAGCAGCUAUGAGACCAGGCAGGAGCAACCAAGUUAUGGCAGGAGGGAUGAGGAGCAUGCAUAUGGAAGACAAGAACAGUCUAGGUACGGCGGUGAUACGGAAGGCUACGGCCGUCAACAGUCUGGUGCUAAAUCUUAUAGCUCCGGUGGAUACGGACGUCAGGAACAAAGUGAGGGAUACGGUCGCCGUCAGGAACAGAGUGAAGGAUAUGGACGUCAAGGGUACGUUGGUGAAUCUAGGGGCUAUGGCCGUCAACAGGCUUCUUCGAAAUAUGGUGCUAACUAUCCUAGUGCUGGCGGAUACGGUCGACAAGAGGGUCUGGAAUAUGGAGGUGAACGUCCUGAACAGGCUUAUGGCGCUUCAGGUGUCCCUGGGGGUUUCGGUGAAGAGACUCAGGGAUAUGGUGGUCGUGGCCAAGGAAAUCAGGGAUCUGGCCGCCGUCGCGAUGACGACGAUGAGUACGGUCAGAGGAGGCAGCAAGGCGGCUCCGAAGGAUACGGAGAGCAGGGAUACGUACCUGGCACUAGCACAGACUUCCAAGCAACUCAACACACGAUCACAGUCAUGGCUCAAGCACCUCAGGUCUCAGACUACCAACACGACGACGCUUGGGAUAAGAACUGGCUCAGAGUGGAUGAUAUCCACGAGCUGUUCUAUCAGCAAUAUGGAAAGAAGGAUGGCAAGACUGUAAUAUUCCUUCACGGUGGCCCAGGCGGGCAGUGCACCAAGCCCAACACCGUUUUCUUCAAUCCGGAGCAGUACCGUGUGGUCCUCUUGGAUCAACGUGGAUCUGGGGAGUCUCGCCCGCACGCGAACACCACCAACAACACAACCUGGCAUCUAGUUUCCGACAUCGAAGUUCUACGCAAGCACUUGCAAAUCAAAAAGUGGCACCUGGUCUUCGGCGGCUCCUGGGGCUCAACGCUCGCCCUGGCUUAUGCGCAAACGCAUCCUGAAAGCGUGGGAAGUUUAGUUCUACGAGGCAUCUUCGCAGUACGAGAACUCGAAUUGAAGUGGACGCUGGUUCCUGGUGGUGUAGCAAUGCUGUACCCUGAUAAAUGGGACGAGUUUAUCGAGUUUCUCCCUGAGGAAGAGCGUGCCGACCACAUCGCUUCCUAUCACAAGCGCCUCAUGUCAGAUGACACUAGCAUUAGCUACCCUGCAGCAGAAGCUUGGAAUAGGUGGGAGGUUUCUAUCAGCUGUUUGUAUCCCAACACCGAGGGACUGAAGAAGUUGGAGGAUCUGAAGUGGUUGCUUGCGCAUGCGAGGAUGGAAUCGCACUAUUUCAACAACAAAGCGUGGUUGGAGGAGGGGCAGUUGUUGAAGAAGGAGAAUAUCGACAAGAUUCGACAUAUACCUGCGACGCUCGUACAGGGGAGGUACGAUGUUGUUUGCCCGCCUGUCACGGCCUGGGCGCUACACAAGGCGUGGCCGGAAUCGAAAUUGCAUUUUAUUCCUGAUGCUGGUCAUGCUGCUACGGAACCGGGGACGAAAAAGAAACUGAUAGAGACUUGCGACGAGUACGCAUCCUUGUCGGUAUAGGACAAUCAGGCAUGGCGUGCUAGCGUGAAUUAUCCCAUCUCGUUGAUGUUGAUUAAUAUUACCAUUCAACCAUAUACCACCUUUCUUCUUGACACAGGUUCAAGUCAUGCUAGUACUUGAACCCACCCGCCCUAACAC